AUGCCUGAUUUGAACAUAUCGGAGUCAUUUUACAAGACAAAAGCCAUGAUAAGUGGUUUAGGCCUUGAUUAUAAGAAGAUAGAUGCAUGCCCAAACGAUUGCAUGCUAUUUUGGAAGGAGCAUGAAAAGGACAUUUCUUGCACUAUUUGUGAAGCUUCACGGUGGAAACAAAAUGCUGCAACUGAAGGAUGCGAGUCUGAGCAACCAAAAAAUGACUGUAGAGUUCCUGCAAAAGUUUUGAGGCACUUUCCAUUGAUUCCUAGACUACAAAGGUUGUUCAUGUGUUCAAAGACAGCUGAAUCAAUGAGAUGGCAUGAAGAAGAGCGCUCAAAGGAUGGAAAAUUGAGGCAUCCAGCUGAUGGUAAAGCGUGGAAUGACUUUGAUGAGCUCCAUCCAGAUUUUUCUAGUGAGUCCCGCAAUGUAAGACUUGGCUUAACGAGUGAUGGGUUUAAUCCAUUUAGGACCAUGAGCUUAUCUCAUAGUACAUGGCCUGUCUUGAUGAUGGUAUACAACACACCACCUUGGCUGUCCAUGAAACCUGAAUAUACAAUGUUGUCAUUGUUGAUUCCUGGACCAAAAUCUCCAGGCAACGAUAUCGAUGUUUACCUCCAACCACUGAUAGAGGAGCUAAAAGAGUUAUGGGAAUCCGGCAUAGAGACAUAUGAUUCUUCAAUGAAUCAAACUUUUCAAAUGCGUGCAGCUCUUCUGUGGACAAUUAGUGACUACCCUGCUUAUGCUAUGUUGUCGGGAUGGAGCACCAAAGGAAAAUUGGCGUGUGCCUGUUGUAAAUCUAACACCAAUUCGUUAUACCUCAAACACAGUCAUAAGAUGUGUUAUAUGGACCACCGUACCUUUUUACCAAGAACUCAUUCUUGGAGAGACGAUGUCAAAUCAUUUAACGGAGAAGAAGAACAUAGGACUGCACCAUCCAUGUUAAACGGGGCAGAAAUUCUUGAACUCUUAAAAGAUUUCAAUAAUGAAUUUGGGAAGAAGAAUAAGAAGAAAGUUGAUGGCCCGUGGAAGAAGAGGUCAAUUUUUUUUGAGUUGCCUUACUGGGCUCAAAAUACAUUGCGCCAUAAUUUAGAUGUAAUGCACAUUGAAAAAAACAUAUUUGAUAGUAUUGUUGGAACUCUUUUGGACAUCCUGGGGAAGACAAAAGAUCAUAUUAAAGCCCGUUAUGAUUUGCAAGAAAUGGGAAUUAGAGAAAGACUUCAUCCAAGGGAGAUUGGUGGAGGACGUUCAGAGUUUGAGAAAGCAUGUUUCUCAAUGACUCCGCACGAGAAGUCAAUUUUUUGUGGAGUUAUAAAGGCUGCCAAGUUACCAGAUGGGGCUGCAUCAAAUAUUUCAAAAUGUGUACAAGUUGGUGAAUCCAUCACUGUUAAAACGCAUUGGAUCAUGUUUUUAAUCUAG